AAAAGAUAUUAACGGAUAUUUAAACAGUUUUAUUUUUAGUCAGCAGAAUGUUUCCUUCAGUUUGUCCUAAAGCUCUGCUGUUGGUCCUGAUGUGUGUGUGUGCUGCUGCUGCUGCCAGAAACGGUAGUCCAACGAAACACAAGAUGACCUUAGUCAUUAGUUACAAAAGAGUCACAGAUAAAUCAUUCAACCAGAGUGAUGUUUACGGAGAGGACGAUGAUUUGAUCAAACCGAAUCGUUCUGCAGUCGGUUGGCAGCCUGACGCAACCAUAUCCCGUACCCAGGUCAUCUCAGAGGAUGUGCUGCUGUUCCUGACGGGCCCCGUGUCCACCGUCCUCAUCCCGUCCUUCUACUCGCUGGUCCUCAUCAGCGUGCCGAUCAACAUCUGCGCCGUGCUGGCCUUCGCCCGGAGGAUCCGGCCCAAGAAGCCGGCAGCGAUCUACAUGCUGAACCUGGCCUGUGCUGACCUGAUCUUUGGCAUCCUGCUCCCCUUCAAGAUCUCCUACCACUUCAGAGGCAACGACUGGGUAUUCGGACCCUUCAUGUGCCGUGUGGUCACCGCAGCCUUCUACUGGAACAUGUACUGCUCGGUCCUGCUCAUAGCCUGCAUCAGUGUGGACCGGCUCCUCGCUGUGGUCUACCCCAUCGACUCCCUGGCCUGGAGGAGGCCACGCAACUCCAUCAUCGCCUGUGUGACCAUGUGGAUUCUGUCCUUCGCUGGUUCGGUGCCCCUCGUCCUCUCCGAUCAGACUCAUCACAUCACUGCACUGAACAUCACCACCUGUCAUGACGUCCAGGUCAUAGACGAUCUGAUCUGGAAGUACAGGAUCUACUUCGUCACCCUCUGCUGCGCCCUCUUCUUCCUGCCGCUGCUCGUCACGGUGGUGUCCUACGCUCGGGUGAUCUGGUGCCUGACCAGGGUCCCCGUCGGGGUCCCAGGACGCUCCCGCAGGAGAACAAGAGCGGUGGUGAUGGCCGUAACGGUCCUGGUGAUGUUUGUGCUGUGUUUCGCACCCACAAACUGUCUGCUGCUCGCCCACUACCUGCAGUUCCACGAGGGAAUGGAGGAGAACCAGCAGCAGGAUCCCAACAGCUCCUACUCAGCCUACCUGGUGUUCCUGUGUCUGGGAAGUCUGAACUGCCUCCUGGAUCCUCUGGUCUACUACUUUGGAUCAUCCCAGUGUCAGAAACAACUGUCCAACUUCCUGAGGUGUGAGAAGAUCAGGGCGGGCAAGAACAUCAGUCACUCAGCGACGGAUUCUGAUCCAACAGCCAAGCGAUCCUGAAGUCCAGCUGCACAGAAAGCUCCAGAAUAAACACAUCAGAUCCUCUUACUGUGAUAAGUUAUCAUGUAAGAUUAAACUCGUUUCACUAUUU